GUUAAAGUGGUAAUGGCGGAGGACAAGAAAGCAGGAGCUGGCAAGAAGGGCGCCAAGAAAAUCAUUAAGAAGGUCCCUCCCAAGGGCGGCAAGAAGAGGAAGAAGGCCAGGAAGGAGAGCUACUCCAUCUACAUCUACAAGGUGAUGAAGCAGGUCCACCCGGACACCGGCAUCUCCUCCCGGGCCAUGAGCAUCAUGAACUCGUUCGUCAACGACAUCUUCGAGCGCAUCGCUGGCGAGGCUUCCCGCCUGGCCCACUACAACAAGCGGCAGACCAUCAGCUCCCGGGAGAUCCAGACCGCCGUGCGCCUGCUGCUGCCCGGGGAACUGGCCAAGCACGCCGUGUCGGAGGGCACCAAGGCGGUGACAAAGUACACCAGCUCCAAGUAGAAACACGGACACAUUUGCAGAAAAGCAUCCCAAAGGCUCUUUUAAGAGCCACUCAUAUUCUCUCUGACGAGCGAUGACUUUUUUUAUAUAGGUUCCGUUUUGUAUUUUCUAAAACAAUUAAAUUAGUGUUCUCACA